AUGAAGUUCCUCCCCGUCGCCGUCGCCUUCUUCGCCGCCUUCGCCAUCGCCUCCCCAUCCGCCGAGGGUGAGCUUGAGCGCCGACAAUGCUCGUGCAAGAAGAUCGGCGAUGAGUGGCUCUGCAGCGGCCCCAAGUGCCCUCGCGAUCUCCCUGCCAAGAGAAGCCUUCAGCGUCGACAGUGUUCUUGCAAGAAAGUUGGUGGCGAGUGGAUCUGCAGUGGCCAGAAGUGUCCUCGUGAUCUUUCUCACAUUACCGAGUCUGAGUAA